UCACUCACUCUCCUAACAACAGGUUUCCGAAGCUAAGAAAAGUGUCUAUCAAAAAAGAACAUUUCUUGUUUUUUUGGUCUUCUCGAAGAGUGUUGCCUUGUCAUCAACAAUUUAUGAUAUCUGCGAUGCGAUUGUCUUUCGUUUGUUCAAUGAAUUAAGUUAAUUAUUCGAAGGAGUGUGUAUAAUAGAAAGAUUUUACAAUUGCUUUUGUCUUAAUUCGGUGUCAUCGAAAGUUUUCGAACUGGGGACCUGCGUGAGUUUUCUUUCUCGAUCCCACACUGUUUCCCCGGCUGUUGACGAUUCCUGGGGUUACGAUGUCCAGCGUAAUGGCUCGAACUGUUGGACCAAAUCCUUUCCCUGUGCAGCUGGAACGAUGCAAUCUCCUGUGGAUAUCAAGACAACUCUGGUCUGUCAAGACUCACAGCUUAUGCAGCGCCCUCUUUAUUGGAAUUAUGUGCCAAACAAUUGCAAAUCUUUAUUGAAUACUGGAGGCGGCUGGAAAGUUACUGUAGAAGGUCAGGGGUCAUGUUUAACUGGUGGUCCAUUGGCCAAUUCCUAUCAAUUGUUGCAAUUCCACAGCCAUUGGGGACGGUGUCCGAAUUCUGGUAGUGAGCACACAGUGGACGGCAGAGCAUAUGCUUGUGAGCUGCAUCUUGUCCACUGGAAUGUUGACCUCUACAACAGCCCUGAAGAAGCUACCACUUCACCCCAAGGCUUAGCUGUCAUUGGUGUCUUCUUUGAGGUUGGCAGAAAGAAUAGAGAACUGUCAAAAAUAACAGACAUUCUGCAUGAGAUUCGCAAUAAAGGAGAUGAAUGUCCAAUAACUGAAGCUAUAAAUCCUGCCUCUUUCUUCCCAGAUGACCUAGAGUACUGGACUUACGAAGGAUCAUUGACGACACCACCUUACAGCGAGUCAGUCACUUGGAUUGUUUUUAAAAAACCCAUUGAGAUUUCUGAGAAACAACUUGAAAUUUUGAGGUUUAUGAAUUCGUCUUCUGCAGAGAUCUGCGACGAUGGAUAUCCAGUCUUCAAAAAAGUCGAAGAUAAUUGCAGAGUUGUUCAACCUAUGAACGGAAGAGAGAUCAGAGAAGCUCCAUACUGAUUCAUUCAUUCCACUCAUUGUCAUUUGUUUAUUCAUUUCACUUCAAUUCAUUUGUACUUUUUUUAUAAAUCUCACAUUCAUAUCGUUUUAAGAUGCUAUAGACUUUAGUUCUAAAUUAAGAACUUUUACGAUUCUUUUUUUCUGUAUUUAAAUGUUAUUUUAUUUGAUAUACUGAUGACAAGGUCGCGGGAAAUGUUGAAAAUGUAACGCAAUCUAAGAAUUCAUUAAAAUAAUAAACAAAUUUUUUUAUUAAAGUCUCAAA